AUGUUGUCCGCUGCGAGAGCAUCGUUUGGCAAUGUCUGCAGAGUGCCAUUUGUAGCUAAACAAACCCUCGGAUUUACUCCAAGGAGAUACAAGUAAGUCGUUUGUUCAUCUUUUUGUUUUUAGGUAGUAAGUUUUGAAAUGUUAUGUCAUGUGGGUAAUUUGUAAGCGUUCAUUUAUGGUUUAAGUUGUGAAAAUUUACAUAGUUGGGUUUAUUGUGUACAGCUGAGUGACAUUCAGUUAUGUUGGUGCUAAAUUUUUCUUUCAAGUUUUAAUUUUUAUCGUUAAAGCAGUGGAUAAGUUAUAUGUUGCUAAAGGCGUGAUAUAUAGUAAAUGGUUUUUUGAAGUAUGACCUAAAAUUUUUGUUUUAGAUCUGAUGCCGUCAAAGGAGCUGUUAUUGGUAUUGAUUUGGGGACCACCAACUCCUGUGUAGCUGUAAUGGAAGGUCAAUCUGCUCGUGUGAUAGAAAACGCUGAAGGUGUGAGAACUACCCCAUCAGCCGUUGCCUUCACCGCUGAUGGAGAACGAUUGGUUGGAGCUCCAGCUCGUCGCCAAGCCGUCACCAACAGUCAGAACACUUUAUAUGCUACCAAGAGAUUGAUCGGCCGCAGAUUCGAGGACCCAGAAGUGCAAAAAGAUCUUAAGGUUGUGCCGUUCAAGAUCGUCAAGGCCAGCAACGGUGACGCGUGGGUCGAAGCUCAAGGAAAACAAUAUUCUCCAUCUCAAGUUGGUGCUUUCAUCCUUACCAAGAUGAAGGAAACCGCCGAGAGCUACCUUGGAACCAAGGUUAACAACGCUGUUAUCACCGUCCCUGCCUACUUCAACGACUCCCAACGUCAAGCUACGAAAGAUGCCGGCCAGAUUUCUGGAUUGAAUGUUUUGAGAGUUAUCAACGAACCAACUGCCGCUGCUCUGGCUUAUGGUUUGGACAAGUCUGACAACAAAAUGUAA